AUGAGUUUCCAUAAGGAGGACGGAGUGAGCAGCCUGUGCCAAAAGGCGCUGCACAUCGUCACGGAGCUGUGCUUCGCGGGCCAGGUGGAGUGGGAGAAAUGCUCGAGCAUCUUCCCCCCUGAUGGGGGCAACCAAGGCGGAAGUAACACAGAUAUUUCAGUCAGCCUGUUAGCAGUUGUUGUCAGCUUUUGUGGCCUGGCCUUGUUGGUUGUUUCACUUUUUGUCUUCUGGAAGUUAUGCUGGCCUUUCUGGAAGAGCAAACCCAUGACUUCCAAUGUCAGUACCCUUCCACAGAGCAUGUCAAGCGCUCCCACUGAAGUCUUUGAGACUGAAGAGAAAAAAGAGAUUAAAGAAAAUGGAGAACCAGCACUAAAAGUUAUUGAGCCUGCAAUAAAAAUCAGCCACACUUCCCCUGAUAUCCCAGCCGAAGUCCAAACUGCUGUAAAAGAACAUUUAAUUAAACAUGCACGUGUGCAAAGACAAACAACUGAGCCUACAUCUUCAUCCCGACACAAUUCCUUCAGAAGACACCUACCAAGGCAAAUGCAGGUUUCCAGUGUUGAUUUUGGCAUGGGCACAGAACCCAUUUUACAAAGAGGAGAAACAACAACCAGCAUUGGGAGAAUAAAACCAGAGCUCUACAAACAGAAAUCAGUGGACUCUGAGGACAACAGGAAAGAAGAUGUCAAAACCUGUGGAAAACUUAAUUUCACCCUCCAGUAUGACUAUGAAAAUGAACUUCUAGUGGUGAAAAUUAUCAAAGCCUUAGAUCUCCCUGCUAAAGACUUCAUGGGAACUUCUGACCCUUAUGUGAAGAUGUAUCUUCUUCCAGAUAGGAAAAAGAAAUUUCAGACUCGUGUGCACAGAAAGACUUUAAAUCCUCUGUUUGACGAAACUUUUCAGUUUCCUGUAGCAUAUGAUCAACUAAGCAACAGAAAACUACAUUUCAGUGUGUAUGAUUUUGACAGAUUUUCUAGACAUGACAUGAUUGGGGAAGUGAUUUUUGAUAAUUUGUUUGAAGCCUCUGAUCUCUCCAGAGAAGCCACAGUAUGGAAAGAUAUUCAUUGUGCUACCACAGAAAGUAUAGAUCUGGGUGAAAUCAUGUUUUCCCUUUGUUAUUUGCCAACUGCUGGACGUAUGACAUUGACAGUCAUCAAGUGCAGAAACCUGAAGGCUAUGGAUAUCACUGGCUCAUCAGAUCCUUAUGUCAAAGUGUCUCUUAUGUGUGAGGGUAGAAGAUUAAAAAAGAAGAAGACGACCACGAAGAAAAACACUCUAAACCCUGUGUACAAUGAGGCAAUUAUUUUCGACAUCCCUCCGGAGAAUGUGGACCAGGUCAGCCUUUCCAUUGCAGUCAUGGAUUAUGAUAGGGUAGGACACAAUGAGGUCAUAGGAGUGUGUAGAACAGGACUGGACGCUGAGGGUCUUGGGCGAGACCACUGGAAUGAAAUGUUGACCUAUCACCGAAAACCAAUAACACAUUGGCACCCCUUGCUGGAGUUACCUGGCCGGGCGACCAGUUUUGAUAGUCAAGGAUCUUGUCCAUCUCCCAAGCCAACUUCCACACCAUAA